GUAGCUGGGCUUUUUUUUUUCUUCUUCGUUGCUGUGGAAAAUACGUUUACAGCUCUCUGCAUUCAGCCACAGAGAAACUCUUCAUUACAGGCACGCAUCCGCUAAGCGGUGCGGGGCAUGAGAAGGCCUUACCUACCCCCGCAGCGUCCGGGGGCGGGCAUUCUGACCGAUUUGAGUGACAGGAUGAGACGCAACUGGUUGACGCCAUCCAAUUGACUCAUCCUCGUUACGAAGGCCCGGCAAACUUGUCCGUUCACCGGGCCGAUGUGUUUAUUUCAAGAGACGCAUGCCGCAUUUUUUUGGUAGUUCUUUUUUCCUGUUUCCUGUUUCCUGUUCCCUGUAUCAAAUCCUGUACCAGCCGGCUUCCUGUUCUUCGAACGAUACGAUACCCGAUACCCAAUACCUCUUGUCACGUUUUUUCAACGAUAUACCUUAUUUAGCCCUUGGCCUUUUGUUUGUUAUUAUAUUUAUCUAGCUCCGUCAACGACGUUGGUAGACCUGCAUUUCAAAUGAACAAAAGUUUUGAAUAAAACAAAGGAGAAAACGAAAAUGAAGCUCUAUCCCUCCAUCAGCCCCGACCUCGCAGACUGGGCUGCCCGCCAACCCGUCUUCUUCACGGCCUCGGCACCCACCCACCUUCCUCAUAUCAACGUCUCGCCCAAGGGCCUCUCCGCCCACUUCGCCGUCCUCUCGCCGAACCUGGUCGCCUACAUCGACCGGACUGGCUCCGGCUGCGAGACCAUUGCCCACAGCUAUGAGAAUGGGCGCCUGACGCUCAUGUUCAUGUCCUUUGGCCCGUCGCCUCGCAUUCUCCGCCUCUUCUGCAAGAGCCGGAUCAUCGAGUGGGACCAUCCGGAUUUCGACUCGUGGAUGAAGCGCAUCGUCCCGCAGGGCGAGACGGGCAGGAUCUCGUACGACGGUGCGAGGGCCGUUGUCGUUGGUGAUGUCUGGGAGGUGCAGACGAGCUGUGGGUACGGCGUCCCGAUGAUCCGCAAGGAGCUUUACGCGUCGCCCGCCUCUGAAGACGGCAGCGAUGCCGCCGUCGCCGCCGCCGCCGCCACCCAGGUCAAGGAACGAGACGACAAACAGGGCGAGCUCUCCGUCUUUGAAGAGCGUCCCACCCUCGACUUUUACUGGAAGAAGCGCGUCGACAACAACACGGUCAACAAGUACCAGGCCGAGACCAACCGGGCCUCCAUCGACGGUCUUCCCGGGCUUAGGGCCGCGCGCAGGGACGCCGGCGAGACGCUCUGGGUGGCCGACGUCAAGGCGGCCCUCGGCCGCGCGGUGCGCGAGACGAACGGGGUGCUCCUGGGCGUGUUUCUCACGGUUUUCGUUUACUACGCUGCGGUCUGGGGCGCGGCAUGGUGGGCGCGCGCGACGGCGCCCCGGAGCCCGAUUUGGCCAAAUUGAUU